UAAAGAUGAAUGGGGCUCCCUCUUCCAGAAAAAAACGAACAAACAAACACAGCAGAGACCACCGUUAUAUAUAUGCACCGAAGGGUAGGGAUGCAGACGGCAUAUUUGCCGCCCUAAAAUGCAAUGCCGAGGGUGAACUGCAAUGUCCUCGGCUCGAGACACGACCUAAUGACGCCGCGACAGGCUGCUAGUAUCGAAAUCUCGCGAUUGGCGUUGUCCUGAGGAGAGAUGCUUUCCUCUCUGAUAACGAGCGCAAGCAGGGGCGCCUCUUCAGAGGCUUGCCAUGAGCGCAUGAUGGGAACUCGGCCAAACCCAAAAUAUCCCCCCUCCGGCGCGGCCGCCGGAAAAGGCACAUCACACACAAAUGUGGGGGCUACAGUCGGCUGGAUGAAGGGCAUCAUGUCGUCCAUUUCCUGUUGGGUAACAAUAAUCGGGAACGAUCGAGUUCCUCCACCCCAAAACCUUUCGAUCAUAUCCAAGCAUCUAAGAAAGCAAACAUGUGAUAUAAAUAAAAAAGCCCCUUCUAUGCACACUACAUUAAUCAUCAUCGUCAUCAUUACAAUUACGCCCCAGCCUGCUAGUCGGAACCAACAUAGAGCGGGUCACGCUCGCGGCGGGAUGACCUGUGAUGGCUGGAGCCAUGGCCGUGGCCAUUGUUGUGGUACUCAACUGUCCUUGACCGGGCGUCAUAGUCGUCGUCGUCUCCAUCCGACUCUUGAUGCCUGUGGCGCCGGUGCCUGUCCGGGGCCCGCUCUUUGCCACGCUCUCUCUCUUUCUCCCUCCCGCUCUCUCGCUCUCGGUCGCGAACAUCACGAUCGCGGUCAUGGCCACGCCAAUCGUCUUCCUGACCAUCGUCCUCUCUAUCCCUGCGGUGCUGACGAUGCUUCCUUUUUGGCUCUUCUUCUUCGUCCCGGUCAGCGUCGGGCUCUGCACUCUCCCGCUCAAGCUCCUUCCUUCGGCGUUCUGUUCUCUGCCGUUAGCGAUCAUACAUCGUUGAAGAGUUCAGAUAAACUCACCUCGUAACUGCGCCGUAGCAGCUGCAUAAGCCUGUAUCUCCUCCUUGCUCAAGACGCGGAGCACAAUGACGAAGUCGUCGCGGACUUCGAAGCGUUCCUUGCCAAUAGUCAGGGCCUCUGGGUUGACCAUUUUGCGGCUGAUUUUGGUCCACCUGGCACCCGGUGGCACGUUUGCUUUCGUCUUGUCGUCCUUGUGGGGAGCGACUCCUUCGCGAACAGGGUUUGGCUCCUCUGGGAACUGAGGCUUGGGCUGCUUGAGGAUGCCUUU